UUGUUGGCCCAUUACGUCACAGCGCUGCCUGUAUUCUUGUGCUGAGACAUCAUAGGUUGUGAUGUCACAUGCUUUGUUGUGUAACACUGGGUAUAAAUAACUCCAGUUGGUUCAAGACAGUUGUAGAAGAGUGAAGAUGAGUUCAGCAACAAUGGAUCUGAGAAGAGAAAUGCGAUUUUUAAUCAAUGUGAACACUAUCCCGGCAAUUGAAGAAUAUAUUUGUCAAAUUCAAGAAGAGGCCUGGUUAGACCUGGACCAUUUGUACCAGGACGAGGGAGUGACAGAGAGGACAAGGUAUCAAGUCGCCUCUCUGUUCCUCCAUCGUCCUGGUAUAGUGAUGACACCCAGUUCCCCCGUCGAUCUCUCCCCCGUGACAGCUCUCCAUGCCCUCAUCGGACCCGACCCCAAGAAGCCUCCACGCCUGAUUCUGUUUUCACUUAACUUAAGGACUGCAGCAGAUUUUUAUGGUCAGUGCGAGACGGCCGGCGCUGAGGAUCAAGCAAUGGAAAACACUUAUGGGAAUUUAGAUUCUGAUGAACCCGCUUGCCGAACUCGUAACGACAGCGGCUCAAGCAGCUCCAAGAAGAGACUUCACCUAGAAGUUAUUAUAUUUUUGGGAAUCCUGAAUGUUGUGCUGCUGGUUGGACUCAUCGCCCUCGGCAUACACUCUCGUUACCUGGCAGCAAGUCUUUCCGACAUCAAGGACAACCCGACCGAGGACAAGCUGUCCACCACUCUCAAAGCUAACCUCUCCGAAAUGGUUGGAAAUCUACAAUUGUCAAGAGGUUGGAACUGCAGCGCUGCUCCGCAGCAGUUUCCUGCAGCCCAGAUCGAUGCCGGCCAGGGGAUGGUUGUGAUGACGGACAGAAACUCCAACACCUUCUUCUUGAAUGGAUCAAGUUGGUCCAAACUGGGCUCUGUGCCUCUUAAGCAUGUCUCAGUGGGGCCUCCAGGGAUCUGGGGAGUCAACCAGCAGAAUAAAGUCUAUAAAUUUGUUGCCAGCGAUUUUGUUCCCACUCGUGGUCUGGAUUUAAAGCAGGUAGAUGCAGGAGGACAUGGUCAGGUAGUGGGAGUUGCUAGCAAUGACAACAUCUACUGCCUGAAUGCCAACAGAGCCUCAUCCAUAAAGGAGCUCGAGAACUGGAGCACCGUCAGUGGUACGCUGAUUUAUUUCAGCUGCGCUCCAACUGGAUGCUGGGGUGUGAACGCAGAACAAUGGAUCUACUUCACAAAAAUCUCAAACUCCUGCGACAUGUCUGGAGGCUGGAACCGCAUCGCUGGAGAGGCAGUCAAUGUUGAAGUUGGGAGUGACGAAAAUACCUUUCUUGUAAAUCAAAAUGGAGUGCUCUACGAAAGAGCUGGCAUCUCUGGCAGUGUUCCACAGGGCUCAGAUUGGAAGAAAAUUGAAAUGCCUGUGAAGAUCAAACAUGCCAGCUACGACCUGGGGUAUCUGUGGCUUGUGACUGAUACAGGUUUCAUUCUGAAAUGCACAAAAUAACCAGGUGGAAGUUCUCACUUAAACCUCUUUUCAUGCCUUCUGUGGUUCAGUCCUAUGUGUGCUUUAUUAUCCGCUCUAGAACAGCCUGGGCCUCUUGUUGAAUCAUAGUAAGAGGUUUGUAAUGCUGCUUUAUAAUGCCUUAAUAUGUAAUAAUGUUGAGCUUCAAUACGUGAUGAAGCAUAUUUAGAACCGACAUCAUGCAAAAUGUAGUCAAAUCUUUGAACAUGUAUUGUAAUAGUUUCUGUUGCAUCAUGCAUGAUUGCAAAAUGUGGAGGCCACUUUUUUUUAAAAAUGAUAAUGUGAUAAUGUGGUACGUUUUGCAAUAACGUUCCACAAACCUUGUAUUCGUCUCAACAUUCUUUUAAUAAUAAUAGCCGAAUUGCAUUGCCUAUGUAUUUGAAUUUUUGAAACUUUGAAACAUUUACAGCGUCAUAAAACAGUAUGGGUGUUUGAUUCUUGGGACUAAUCUUCGUGUUACUUUCCCAAUCUGAAAAAUAUAAAAGCUGUUUUUUAACAUCAAACACAACAUCUACUUUUUGUUGUUUUUUGGGGGGGGUUUUACCAAAAGGUAAAUACCAAAGCCUUCUCUUAUGAGCUCCGCAAAGUCCUUGUAUAAAAAUGCACAUCACACUUGUAGUUCAAUAAAGCUUCUCUUCCAUUUGCUGGGAAAGGUCCACAAAUAGAGACAAUAUAAGACAGCCAGAAUGGACAGCAGACUUCACAGACUCCUUUGAAUCUGUACUUUUCUUCUCACUUUACAGUUUUAAUAAAUUUGUUACGUCUUCUGAUCCAGA